AUAUUCUCGUUCUCGUUUUCUCUCAGCUCUGACAAGCAAACUCAGUCAUGGCUCCUCUCAAAAUUCUCCUCUGUGGUGACGUACUCGGCCGUCUCAAUCAGCUAUUCAAGCGCGUUUCUUCGGUGAACAAAUCAGCUGGUCCAUUUGAUGCUCUAUUCUGCGUGGGCCAAUUUUUCCCGGAUUCAAUUGAAGGGCUUGAGGAAUUCAAUGGAUACAUUGAAGGCCGCUCCAGUGUUCCUAUACCGACCUAUUUCAUCGGGGACUAUGGCGUCGGGUCCCCGAAAAUAUUGUCAGAAGUAUUAAAGGACCCGAAUAAUCAAGGGUUUAAGAUGGAGGGUUUUAGGGUAUGUGAGAAUUUGUUUUGGUUGAAAAGCAGUGGAAAAUUUGAGCUUCAUGGGUUAUCUGUGGCAUACUUAUCUGGUAGGCGAUCUCCAACUGGAGCUCAGUUUGGAACAUACAGUCAAGACGAUGUUGAUGCUUUGAGGGCUUUAGCGGAGGAUCCGGGAACAGUUGACAUAUUUCUUACUAAUGAAUGGCCCAGUGGAGUCACGAAUGGAGUGACAUCAAAUAUUCCUUCAGAAAUUUCUGAUUCAUCUGAUAGUGAUCCCACAGUGUCAGAAUUAGUAGCUGAGAUUAAGCCUCGGUAUCAUGUUGCAGGAACUAUGGGUGUANCUCUCUCUCUCUCUCUCUCUCUCUCAUUCCUUUGCAACACAGUCUACCUCAUCCCUUUUGUAUCAUUUUGAAUCCUCAUUUUAUGCAUGAAUACUUUGCAGAAAUUUAUUCAUGCAAUAUCCCCCACUCCGGCAUCAACAAUGUCGAAACCUGAGCUUAGGGCAAAGCCACCAAACACUACUUUAUCUCCAUAUACCAAUGUUGACAAAGCAGUCCCACCCGAUGGAGCAACGAAGAGGCCCGGUGAUAGUACGUCUGAGUCACAGUAUUGGAGAUAUGAUGUAUCUCAGAAAAGGCAGAAACAUGGAGAUGGUAAUGGUGACAGACUCUGCUUUAAAUUCGUCUCUUCUGGCUCUUGUCCAAGAGAGAAGUGCCACUUUAGGCAUGAUGAAGAAGCUAUGCAGCAGUACUCAAGAGGUGUGUGUUUUGACUUUCUCAACAAGGGAAAAUGUGAAAGAGGUCCCAAUUGCAACUUCAAGCAUAGUUUGCAGGAAGAAGGUGGCAGAUCAGCUACUGGUGCAGCAAGCUCUCACAGGUCAAGAGAAUGUUGGUUUUGUUUGUCAAGUCCGAAUGUUGAGUCACAUCUCAUCACUAGUGUUGGAGAAUAUUACUACUGUGCACUUGCUAAAGGACCUUUAUUACCAGAUCAUGCGCUGAUUAUGCCCAUUGAACAUAUGCCCAAUACGUUAUCUCUUUCACAAGAAUGUGAAAAGGAAUUGGAACAUCUUCAAAACAGCUUCAGAGCUUACUUCAAAAGGCAAGGGAAGGAAGCAAUUUUUUUCGAGUGGGCAUUUAAACGAGGAAUUCAUGCCAAUCUUCAGGUUGUUCCUAUUCCCUCGUCCAGGGCAUCUUUGGUUCAAGAUAUUUUUAACUUGGCUGCUGAAAAAUUGGGAUUCAAAUUUACCAUAAUUAAGGAAGGAAGACAAGCGUUGCGGACCCAGUUUGACAGAAGUUGCAGCUUAUUUUAUGUUGAAGUUCCUGGAGGUGGUAUUUUGUCACAUGUUGUGGAGGAGAAUGAGAAAUUCCCAGUUCAAUUUGGUCGUGAGGUUUUGGCAGGCUUGCUAAAUGUGGCAGAUAGAGCUGAUUGGAGAAAUUGUAAGGAUAGCAAAGAAGAAGAAAUUAAAAUGGUCGAGAGAUUCAAGAGUGGAUUUCAAGAAUAUGAUCCAAAUCAAUAGGAUAUUGAAGAAAGAUGCAACACGAGAGCUUUUCCUCUUGUGUUCUUCACCUAACGCAACGUAGCAUUUCCUUGAGGUUCUCUUUGCUCCCGGCUUGGGUAUAAUUGCAAGUAUUUGCAGUUCUUCAAGCUCAUGUGCUUGCAUUAUGGUUGAACAGUGAUCUGAUUAUCUGAAAACAUUUUUGCCACAGGAAAUGAUGCAAAUGUUAACCGGAUAGUAACUGCAUAUAUUUAGACAGCAACAUUAGUUCAACGAUUUGGUGUUAUACCGAGUAAUUCUGCACCUAUUAUGGAACUUUGGUCUACUUGCAUAAUGGACAUUGGCCAAGUUGCUGCUAGGAGGUAUAGCAGUUCAAUUUUUAUGUAUGCUAUAUGUGUACACUCAGCUUGUCAGUUAGGCUAUUGAGAUAGUUGGACAAAACGUCGCAGAGCAGAACCAUCCACUGUAUGAAUGGAUCAUGUAUGAGCUUGUGAGUUUGUUUGCAACUGUUUGAGAUAAGAUGCAAUUUUAACUUUUUUGUCCAAUGGAUUUGGUUCUUAUUUGUUAGAAACAUUACAAACUUUAUUGACGGGACUGAUAUCAUGUUAACUGGUUCACCAGAAUAAAGUUUUAUGUAUUGUAACAAGA